GUCCCAGGCACAAGGAUAAAAACCAUCGGGCCCAAGUGCCAUCCAUAUUCCAUCUCUAGUUUUUCCUCCACAAAUUGGGAUUCAUCCUGUUGAAAAGCACGGUCUAAGAGCAAGGGAACAAAAAACCAUGUUAUCACAUAAUACCAUGGUGAAGCAGAGGAAACAGCAAGCAUCAGCCAUCAUGAAGGAAAUCCAUGGAAAUGAUGUGGAUGGCAUGGAUCUGGGCAAAAAAGUCAGCAUCCCCAGAGACAUCAUGUUGGAAGAAUUAUCCCAUCUCAGUAACCGUGGUGCCAGACUAUUUAAGAUGCGACAAAGAAGAUCUGAUAAAUAUACAUUUGAAAAUCUCCAGUAUGAAUCUAAAGCACAAAUAAAUUACAACAUUGCUAUGCAGAAUGAGAAAAUGGAUGGAAGCAACUUGGAAAGUGGUUCACAGCAAGCCCCAUUUACUCCUCCCAACACCCCGGAUCCACGAAGUCCACCAAAUCCUGAAAAUAUUGCACCAGGAUAUUCUGGACCACUGAAGGAAAUUCCUCCUGAAAGAUUCAACACCACAGCUGUCCCUAAGUAUUAUCAGUCGCCCUGGGAACAGGCCAUUAGCAGUGAUCCGGAGCUUUUAGAAGCUUUAUACCCUAAGUUUUUCAAGCCUGAAGGAAAGGCAGAACUGCCUGAUUAUAGGAGCUUUAACAGAGUUGCCACCCCAUUUGGAGGUUUUGAAAAAGCAUCAAAAAUGGUUAAAUUCAAGGUUCCAGAUUUUGACCUACUACUUUUAACAGAUCCUAGGUUCAUGGCCUUUGCCAAUCCUCUUUCUGGCAGACGGUCCUUUAAUAGGACUCCCAAGGGAUGGAUAUCUGAGAAUAUUCCUAUAGUGAUAACAACUGAACCUACAGAGGAUACCAAGGAUACCACCAUACCAGAAUCAGAAGACCUAUGAAAAGAAAGUUGUAUGUGCCACAAAAACCUCUGAACAUAAAUGUUGCUGUUUUACUAUUCUGCUUACUGACAAAGCCAUUUACACUCUUCAUUAGUAGCAAUAAUUUAAUAGCAAUUUAGCAGUUUUCCUCUUAUGGCAUCUAAUUUCAAUCUCAGAUCAAAUACUAAUAAAUAACUCAAGAUCUUAUUUUACAAACUUUAAACUCAGUUGUCUUCAUUUAUAAUCUCUUUUUUUCACCUUGUUUAAGUGAUCCAGCCUUUUCAUUAGAAAAUCUAGAAAAGUAACUGACAACAAAGGGUUUCAUUUUUCUUGCCUUUAAUAUGAGCUAUUACUCAUGAAAAUGUUUUUCAAAUGAAUCUAGAAUGAAAAUAUAGCACAAGAUAUUUAAAUUAAUUCAGAGUUUUACUUAAGGGAUAAAAGCUAUAGAAGCUGAUAUACAAACAUUAUUGAUGCAGAAAAGGGUUGGAUUCUACUUUUCUGACAAGCUUCAAACAAGCUUGUCUGGAUGAAGUCUUUUCAUUAGUCAUUCUUAGAAUUUCUAAAGUGCUUUGUAUUUUUCAACGUGCUUUGAAUCAUUAGGUAAUUAUUCCAGAUGACAU